CCGCCGGUGCUCUGUUGGCAGCAGCGGUGACGCGCGCGGGUGAGGGCGAAGAUCCAGGAGGCGUCAGCGGGGCGAGGACUUGUAUCAUCUGCAGUGAGAGAGUCUGAGCGACGUGGACCGUCCGGUUGAGGAGCAGAGGAUGAAGCAAGCAACUUUUCUGCUGGUCUUUGGGGUUGUCCUGAGCUUGUGUCAGGCUCAGUCAGACACAGGUGCUGAGGAUGCUGGUGGGGAGGAGGAACAUGUGGAGCUCUUCACCACCCCGACAACUAAGAUGGGCGCCGCCACCUCAGAUUUUGGCUACAACUUGUUCCGCGCCCUGGCAAGCCGUGAAGCAACAUCCAACAUCUUUCUGGCUCCCAUCAGUGUCUCUGCAGUGCUGACACAGCUUUCCAUGGGGGGGUCUGAGCGUGCUCAAAGGAUGCUGCACAGAGCCCUGAGAUACCACACCCUGCAGGACCCUCAGCUCCACAAUACCCUGAAAGACCUCCUGGCCUCAGUCAGGUACCCUGGGAAAGGCCUGAGCACCGCGGCACGGAUCUACCUGGCACGACGCAUUCGUACGAAGCCAGAAUUCUUCACACUCGUGGAGCAGCAGUAUGGAGUUCGUCCAAAUGCGCUGCAGGGAGGACCAAGAGAUCUGAAAGAAGUCAACGACUGGGUGAGUCAGCAGACUGGCGGGAAGGUGCAGCGCCUCCUGGCCAAGGCUCUCCUCAGGACCCUCGGUGUGAACCUUGUGAGUGCUGCCUACUUCAAAGGAAAGUGGGUGACCCGAUUCAGUCAGACUGGAGUGUUGGAGAACUUCCAAGUGGACAACGGGCCACCUGUUCGCGUCCCCACAAUGCAGCAGGAUAACUACCCAAUUAAGAUGGGUGCCGACUCUGACCUGAGCUGCACGAUCGCUCAGAUCCAGAUGCAGAACGACCUCAGCAUGUUCAUCUUCCUCCCUGAUGAGGUCACCGCCAACAUGACCCUGCUGGAGGAGAGUCUGACCGCUGAAUUUGUGCAGGAUCUCUCUAUGACACUCCUCCCUGCCAAGGUGUCGCUCACUCUGCCCACCCUGAGGCUCAGCUACUCCACAGACCUGCUGCCGCUGCUCAGCGAUGUGGGUCUCUCAGAGUGGCUAGCAGACAUAGACCUGGAGCUAAUCUCUGCUCAGCCCUUAAAGCUCAGCAGUGUCAAUCACAAGGUUGUCAUGGAGACAGCACCUGAGGGAAACCUGUACCCGAGUGCUACCGAGGCGGUGAGCAACCUGUCGUACCGAGUGGACCGACCCUUCCUUUACCUGAUCCGAGAUGAGACCACAGGGGCGCUGCUGUUCAUCGGCAGGGUGGUCAACCCCAAAGACCUGUCGAUAUAACCCACACACUCACGCAGAAUAACACACACGGAAUAACACACAGAUUGACACACACACACACACACACACACACACACACACACACACACACACACACACACACACACACACACACACACACACACACACACACACACACACACACAGACACACACACACUCUUAGCGGGUCCUAGGAGGGGUUUCAGGUGUUUGCUUUGCGUUUGAGUUGGCAGAAUAUUUGAUUAUUGAUCUGAUUUUACAUGAUUCUUUUUACUUUUCAUGUUGAAACAUGUAACAUGAUCGUGUUAAUCUGACUCGAACACACUAAAGCUCACCAGGGGGUUGUUUUUUAUGGAACCAAAUAUUGUCAUUUGUCUCAUUAGAAAUAAACUCGACAAUGAAAAAGAUCUGCUUUGGUAUCUUCUUAUCUAAAAGGUGAUGAGGAUCUUAAACGUUCCAUCUUCACAUCGUCAUGACAAAGUUUAUAUCUUUCUCUAGUUCAGCUCUGUUCCUCUUGGAGUUGUGUGAUCCUGAACCUUAAAUACCAAACAUAUAGUAACAUUUGUGGAAAAAGACAAAAAAGACAGAAACAUGAUACAUUAAGAUCUUUACUGGCUUUAUAUCAGUUAGAUUUAUGUUAAAAGCAUGAAAAACAUAACGUGAGAGCUCUUCCUGUAUGCUUUUCAAAGCAAAAGUCUGAUCUGUUUUUUUUUCUGCAGAGGUACUCCCCUUGUACAGUGCUUUUAUUUUGAAGUUAUGCCCAGAACAGUUAUUUGGUUGGCAUAGCGCUUUGUUCGAGCCUAUGUUGAACUUUUGUCCUGAAAUAAAGUUGUCAUGCAUUA